AGCAUGGCACAGGCAGCGAAGCAGCUCCGCAAGAACAAGGACCUGGAAGCCCUGGCGGCUCAGGAGCAGAAGGAGAAAGAGGAGGAGAAGAGGACCAAGAGGAACCGAUCCCGAGACCGCAAGCGCAAGGCUCAGGCUGUCCAGCGUUGGCUUAUCGAUCAGGACUCUAGUGUGUCUGGGUCUGAGCUGCAAGAUGGCCGGGGAAUCUGGCACUAUGAUGAAAAAGUCGAUACUUCGACCAGCUUCCUGCGUGCCGCCCGCUCUGGAAACCUGGACAAGGCCUUGGACCACAUCAAAAAUGGAGUGGACAUCAACACAGCCAAUCAGAACGGCCUCAAUGGGCUCCACCUGGCCUCCAAGGAGGGGCAUGUCAAGAUGGUGCUGGAGCUGCUGCACAAUGGCAUCACGCUGGAGACGACCACCAAGAAAGGGAACACUGCCCUCCACAUUGCAGCGCUGGCUGGGCAGGAGCAGGUGGUCACUGAGCUGGUCAACUAUGGUGCUAACGUCAACGCCCAGUCCCAGAAGGGCUUUACUCCUCUCUACAUGGCAGCCCAGGAAAAUCACCUGGAAGUUGUCAAAUUCCUGCUGGAAAAUGGGGCCAAUCAGAGCAUCCCAACAGAGGAUGGGUUCACGCCCCUGGCUGUGGCUCUGCAGCAGGGCCAUGAGAACGUGGUGGCCCUGCUCAUCAACUACGGCACCAAGGGGAAGGUGCGCCUGCCCGCCCUGCACAUCGCCGCCCGCAACGACGACACGCGCACCGCCGCCGUGCUGCUGCAGAACGACCCCAACCCCGACGUGCUGUCCAAGACUGGCUUCACACCUUUACACAUUGCAGCGCACUACGAGAACCUGAAUGUAGCCCAGCUGCUUCUCAACAGAGGGGCCAACGUCAACUUCACCCCAAAGAAUGGCAUCAGUCCACUGCACAUUGCUUCGAGGAGAGGGAACGUGAUCAUGGUCAGACUCUUGCUGGACAGAGGGGCGCAGAUAGAUGCAAAGACCAAGGAUGAGCUGACACCCCUGCACUGUGCGGCCAGGAAUGGCCAUGUACGAAUCAUUGAGAUCCUGCUGGACCACGGAGCACCCAUCCAGGCCAAAACCAAGAACGGGUUGUCUCCGAUCCACAUGGCCGCUCAGGGUGACCACCUGGACUGUGUGCGGCUGCUGCUGCAGUACAGCGCGGAGAUCGAUGACAUCACCCUGGACCACCUGACGCCUCUGCACGUGGCGGCCCACUGCGGGCACCACCGUAUGGCCAAGGUCCUGCUGGACAAGGGCGCCAAGCCCAACGCCCGCGCCUUGAAUGGAUUCACACCCCUGCACAUUGCCUGCAAGAAAAACCACAUGCGAGUGAUGGAGCUGCUUCUCAAACACUCCGCCUCCCUGGAGGCUGUAACCGAGUCUGGGCUCACCCCCCUCCAUGUGGCCUCUUUCAUGGGACACCUCAACAUCGUCAAGAUCCUCCUGCAGAGAGGGGCGUCCCCCAACGCCUCCAAUGUGAAAGUGGAGACACCGCUGCACAUGGCAUCACGCGCUGGGCACGCCGAGGUGGCGCAGUUCCUGCUGCAGAACAAGGCCCAGGUCGAUGCCAAGGCCAAGGAUGACCAGACCCCCCUGCACUGUGCCGCCAGGAUGGGCCACAAGGAGAUGGUGAAGCUCCUACUGGACCAUAAGGCCAACCCCAACUCUGCCACCACCGCUGGGCACACCCCUCUGCACAUUGCUGCCCGCGAGGGGCAUGCGGCCACCACCCGCAUCCUGCUGGACAGGGAGGCGCUGCAGACACGCAUGACCAAGAAAGGGUUUACUCCUCUUCAUGUGGCAGCCAAGUACGGGAAGGUGGACGUGGCAGAGCUGCUGCUGGAGAGAGGUGCCAAUCCCAACGCCGCAGGAAAGAAUGGGCUGACCCCCUUGCACGUGGCCGUCCAUCACAACAACCUGGACCUGGUCAAGCUGCUGGUCAGCAAGGGAGGCUCACCACACAGCACAGCGCGGAACGGCUACACUCCCCUCCACAUCGCGGCCAAGCAGAACCAGCUGGAGGUGGCAGGGAGCCUGCUGCAGUACGGGGCCUCAGCUAAUGCAGAAUCACUGCAGGGAGUCACCCCCCUGCACCUGGCCGCCCAGGAGGGGCGCCCCGAUAUGGUCACCCUGCUCCUCUCCAAACAGGCCAACGUCAAUCUGGGCAACAAGAUGGGCUACACCCCCCUGCACGUGGCCAGUCAUUAUGGCAACAUCAAGAUGGUCAAGUUUCUCCUGCAGCAGCAAGCCAACGCCAACUGCAAGACCAGGGCGGGGUACACCCCUCUCCACCAGGCCGCGCAGCAGGGUCACACCGACAUCGUCACCCUGCUGUUGAAGCACGGCGCCCUGCCCAACGAGACCACCACAAACGGCACCACGGCCCUGGCCAUCGCCAAGCGCCUGGGGUACAUCUCCGUCAUCGAUGUGCUGAAGCUGGUCACCGAGGAGACCGUCUCCGUGAGCACCACCGAGAAGCACCGCAUGAGCUUCCCCGAGACUGUGGACGAGAUCCUGGAUGUGUCGGAGGACGAAGGAAUUGCUCAGCUAACGCUAGGCGAGGAGCUGAUGGGAGUGGAAGGAGCCAAGUACCUGAAGCUGGACGAACUGAAGGACCAGGACGAGGACUUCCUGUCUCCCAAAAAAUCCCUAGAGUACGAGAGCGGGCUGGGCACAGCGUUCCUGGUCAGUUUCAUGGUGGACGCCCGAGGAGGUUCCAUGAGGGGCAGCCGGCACAAUGGUCUGCGUGUCAUCAUCCCCCCUCGCACCUGCGCCGCCCCCACACGCAUCACCUGCCGCCUCAUCAAACCCCAGAAGCUGUCCACACCCCCUCCGCUGGUGGAGGGUGAGGGGCUGGCCAGCCGCAUCAUCUCCCUGGGGCCCGCUGGGGCACAGUUCCUGGGGCCAGUGAUUGUAGAGAUCCCUCACUUCGCCUCAAUAGGCCGGGGGGAUCGGGAGCUGGUGGUCCUGCGCAGUGAGAACGGGUCUGUAUGGAAGGAGCACCGGAAUCGCUAUGGCGACGAGCUGCUGGAGACCAUCCUUAAUGGCAUGGAUGAAGAUCUGGAGAGCCAGGAGGAGCUGGGCAAGAAGAGGAUUCGGAGGAUCAUUUCCACAGACUUUCCCCUCUACUUUGCUGUGGUGUCCCGCGUGCAGCAGGAGAGCGACCUGAUUGGCCCAGAAGGGGGGCUGCUCACCAGCAGGCUCGUCCCAUUGGUCCAGGCCACCUUCCCGGAGACAGCGGUUACCAAGAGAGUGCGGCUGGGCUUGCAGGCCCAGCCGGUACCGGACGAGCUGGUGACGAAGCUGCUGGGGAACCAGGCCACCUUCAGCCCCGUCGUCACCGUGGAGCCACGGCGCAGGAAGUUCCACCGGCCCAUCGGCCUGCGCAUCCCGCUGCCGCCUUCCUGGAGGGAGAACCCGCGUGACGCAGGGGAGGGCGACACCACCAGCCUCAGGCUCCUCUGCAGCGUCAUUGGUGGCACCGACCCGGCUCAGUGGGAGGACAUCACUGGCACCACCAAGCUCAUCUACGCCGACGAGUGCGCCCGCUUCACCACCAACGUCUCAGCACGGUUCUGGCUGGCGGACUGCCCUCGCACGGCGGAGGCGGUGAGCUUUGCCAACCUGCUGUACAAGGAGCUCUCGGCUGUGCCCUACAUGGCCAAGUUCGUGAUCUUCGCCAAGAUGAACGAGGCCAGGGAAGGGCGGCUGCGCUGCUACUGCAUGACCGACGACAAGAUGGACAAGACCCUGGAGCAGCACGAGAACUUCACCGAAGUCGCCCGGAGCCGAGACAUCGAGGUGUUGGAGGGAAUGCCACUGCACCUGGAGUGCUCGGGGAACCUUGUUCCAGUGAGGAAGGCCACGCAGCAACCCCGCAGCUUCAGCUUCCAGGCCUUCAGGGACAACAGGCUUCCAGUGUCUGUCAAGGUCCGUGACAGCAGCAAAGACCCCUCAGGAUUCCUUUCCUUCCUCCGCAAGUCCACCAAGUAUGAGGACAGCCAGCACGUGCUCUGCAACCUCAACAUAACCAUGCCUCCCUGCAUCAAGGUGGUGGGCAGUGAAGACCGAAGACGGACGCUGACCCCCCUGGCCCUUCGGGAGAGAUACAGUGCCCUGAGCGAACCGACCAUGGCCUCGAUGAGCGCCAUGGAGAGGACAGAACUGAAGAUGGCCUUAAUAUCGGAGCAGCUGGGGCUGAGCUGGGCAGAGCUGGCGCGCGAGCUGCAGUUCAGCGUGGACGACAUCAAUAAGAUCCGGGUGGAGAACCCCAACUCCCUGCUGGAGCAGAGCUCGGCGCUGCUGAACCUGUGGGCCACGCGGGAGGGCAAGAGAGCCAAGAUGGAGAGUUUGUACGCAGCGCUGAAGAACAUCGACAGGUCAGACAUUGUCAACAUGCUGGAGGGCACAGGGCCUCAGCCCAGGGUGGGGAAGGAGAGUCGGAGAUACACUGACAGAGACCACCUGCUCUCGCCCAGCAUGACCAAUGGUUACUCCCUGGUGCAGGACGAGCUCCUCUCGCCCACCUCCAUGCAAUACAUCCUGCCGUCCCCGCUGAGCACCGAGCCAUACUGGCAGGAAAUGUCCAGCCUGGAGUGUGCGCCCAUCGCCACCACAGAGGAGGACACGCUGAUGGAGAUGUCGGAGGUGCAGGUGUGGCCCUCAGGGGCCAGCCCGUCCCUGGUGCCUGUGGAGGACUCCUCCUUGGAGUGCAGUAACGCAGACGACUCGGACGCAGCCCUGGAGGGUCGGGGGGGCCUGGGCAUGAGCGGGGGCGGGCUGAGCGGCUCGAUGGACCUCGUGGAGGAUGAGGCAGGGGAUUCGGAUGCAGCCAGUGUCAACGGGCUGGACCGAGGUCAGAGGUCAGAGGUCACAAGGGCAGAGGCGCUGGGCAGUACAGAAGGAGGAGGAGGAGGAGGAGGGCUCAGCUCAGAGGAAGGGAUUUCUCUCAUUUCAGGACAGCAACGGGUCUAUGCCCGUCUCAGCGAAUCACCCGGAUUGAGCCAUGUUGCGGAGCGGAAUGGAGACAGGUCAGGGGGUGGCUCGUUCCUGUCCUAUUUGCAGGAGCAGUCAGGGUCCACCUGGCAGAGCCCCCCAGAGUCGUCCCAGAGCUGGGUCAGCCAGCAGAAGCAUUCAGUGGUGUCAGCAGUACAAAGCAGCGACCUCAGCCAAUCGCGCAUCUCCCAGGAGUCCCUGCUGCAGCCAGUGCGUGACACGGGGCACUCCGAGAUCCUGCGGGGGCACUUCCUGGGCACGCAGCCCUUUGAGAAAGGAGUGGGCUUUCAGCAGAAGAGCCAAGAGCUACGGGCAUGGGCAGAGGAUAGACUGCGAUCUGGGCAGGCUCUGUUAAAGCAGAAGGAACGGAACAGUCGCAUAGAUGGCGCCACCUUUGAUUGUGGGGCUGCCGGGUGUCCUGGGUGGCUGGGGAGCAUGUGGACUCUGCUGACGGAGCUGCUUUUCAGCCUGGUGCUGCUGGCCUUCUUUGUGAUCAGCUGUCAGAACGUGCUGCACAUUGUGACGGGCUCUCUGCGCUCUGUGCUCAAGUACGUCCACCAGCAACUGGACCAGGAGCUCGGCGAGAGCGAGGGCGUGCAGGACGACGAGGAGAGCGUUACCACGCGCGUGGUCCGCCGCAGGGUCAUCGUCAAGGGCGAUGAGGUAGAGGACAUUCCAGGAGAGCAGGUGAGCGAGGAGCAGUUCACCGAUGAGCAUGGCAACAUCAUCACCAAGAAGAUAGUGCGGAAGGUGGUGCGCCGGAUGAAGGACUCGGGGGAGGGUGAGGCGCAGGAGGUGAGCGUGGAGGGGUCCCUGCAGGAGCCCGAGGAGCUGGAGGCUGAGGCUGAGCAGUUCAUGAACUAUGCCAUCCUGGGGCGAGAGAGCAGCAACAAGUCAGAGAUUAUGGAUGUGAAGAAGGGUGCUCAGAUUGUGAAGCGUGCCAGUCUGAGGAGGGUAAAGCAGUGAGAUGCCCUGACUUACAGACCAGGAUCUCACAUCUACACCCAGACCAUCACACACAGAGUCAUGACAUGGGACAUGAAGAACAACACCACAGAAAUGGAGAAAUCAAGAUAACAGUGACACAAACUGAAACUAACAUGAUGAACAGCAGCAACAGCAAAAGAUGAUGGAGGAGAAAAACAUACAAUGGGAUUCUAACUGUAGUUUUGUUACGUUUUUUUUAAACUAGGCUAGAGGCAUGAUUUCUUAAAAAAAAAAUCAAAAAACAAAAGAGAGCUUCCUGUAAUCUGUAUCAGCAUGACUGACUGCCAAAGCAUGAUCUGUUACUACCCUAAUGACCGAGGGUGAGGGGACUGGGAAGGAGGGGUUGUGGGGGUGUGCAGGAGAUUUGGGGGAGGAGUAAUGGAGUUAGGGCCCUUUGAAACGAGGAGGGGGAGACUUUCAGACGAUUGCAUAAUAAAGCAAUCAGACGCCCCUAUAGCAGGGCACUCCGAGUCUCGGCCCAGCAGUGCCCACACUGUUGCUUGCGUGUACUUUGUCCCCCUGUUUCAGCUUACUGUGUUUCCCAGCCAGCGCUCUUAAGAGAAAAGACCAUUCUUGUACAAAAUAUAUGCACUAUAUUAUAUGUGAAUGUGUGUGUGUGUGUAACAUUCUGCUCUGAUGCUGCUGGCUUGGUAUUAUAUUUUUUUUCAGUUGUUGUUUUGUGUUUUAUCUUUUUCCUCUGUUCUGGUAUGAGAAUUUGUGUCGGGCUUGUGUUACUGUUUUGUGUUACCUCCUCCUUUACCGUCGGACACUAAUGGGUUAUUGAAGUGCUCACCGGUUGGGGUACGGAGCCCUUUACGCUGGUCGCCACAUGCUUUCUGAGGAACCGGGCCGUAUGUUUCCAAUAUCUUCCCAGCUCGCAGUCGGGAGCUGCUCUGCUGAGCCAGGAGGACAGCUGCCUCUCUGUGCGUGCCAGCCGACACCCCCUCACCCCAGACACAGGUCGGCGGGACCUGACAACAGUUCCCAGAGACCCAGUCGACUGGAGGCUUGAACUGUUGGCCCGAAUUCGGUGCACAACUCCCCCUUCUAGGCUCUGGACGGCAGGGUGAUGCUGGUGCUUCAUUCCCCUUGGCAACCACCUGCAAAGGCCAGCUAAUUAAUGUCUCACUUAGGGGUAGCGGUAGUUCUUAGAGAAGGUCUAAAUGAAUGGCUGGCUUCACUCCUCAUCCUCUGGCUGGAUGGGGGCAAGCUCGAAGGAAUGUGGCCGCGGAUCCGACUGGGAGCAGUUGUGGUUCUCGGUCGUUACCUGAAGAGCAGGGAGGAAGAGCGUCAUUCGACCUUCACAGCAGCGAGCCGGACUGGGCCGCCUCCAGCUAUCCCUGCUUUAAUAGCUGUAUCAGAGAGACAGUAGGGGAGUGUCAGCAGGAACCACCGGUGCAGCGGGUGAGGGAGAGGUCUGCUGGGAAGGAUGGCUUAGGCUAUCACCAUGGCAACACUCAGCCUGGCAUCCUCCACAGCGAAGCUCAAGGGUCAGGUGUCAGUCCCUGGCUGUCGUGGUUCCCAGAGCUCCAGUCGUGAAGACAGGUGCAAAAUGGUCUUAAAAAAAUACUCUACAAGUACUCUACACAAGUGGGAAGGUUUGAGCCAGCGCUUGUGUAGGGAGUUCUUCUGCAAUGAGAGGGCACAACAGGGGCCAUCAGUUCAUUUCUUUAUGCAAACAGCACCUUCCACCCCGAGGAGCUGAAUCUAAUUCAAGGCAGUCAACUCUAGGGGGCGGACUUGGAAAAGAAAAGGUGGGGGGUGCGGGGGGGGGCGGGGGGUGCCUUAGGGAGGUGACUCUCAGCGUAGACUCAGGAGUCAGCUGGUAACAGCGAAAGAAAGCAACCAAGCACUGUGAUCACUGACUAUACUGACCCCUUUACUGUGAAUACUCAAGAGGCUGUACCCCCCUCCCUGGGCACACUACAAGAGCCUUGAACCCCCCAUCUGUAUUUUGUGAGGGAAGGAGGGGGGGCAGGGGAUUAAGAGGGACGUGCAAAUCUAGCCACCCUCUCUCCCCACGUUCUCUCUUUGGGGUGUCGCACAUGUGAGAAGUCAGCCCGGCUCUUUCUGCCACAGCAAUAAUCUUGGGGGGGGGGGUGGAGGAGGGGCGAACCCCAGCACUGCACACAUACUUGAGCUUCCAUUACCGACGCAGAGUCAGGGCUUCGGUGGAGAAAGACACUGUUCUGAUUUUUUUUAAUUCCUUUAAGGGGAGCUGAGCCCGCUUGCACAGGCCUGCCUCCUCCUGGGGCCCAGCGCUCCUCUGGUGUACUCCUGAGCAGCGCGGCAGACCCCGGCCUCUCCCGCAGCUGCGUGACAUCGUCCCUGCGGGAAGCUGGCAGAGGCCAGUUAGUGAUGCAAGGGAGCCAACCAGAAGAACAGAGGUGUGGAAAUGACUAGAAAUGGACGCUUUGCUUCUUUCUUUUCCUGUUACAGCAAAGUUAAGCUUGCAAUACUGUGCUAUUAGCAAUUCGCAUUGUUAGGAGCGUGCAAUAUCUAAGUAUGUCCAAUUUCAAAAGUGUGGAGAUUUCAAAAAAAUAUUUUCUUACGGAAACUCUCUCGGAACUAGUUCAGGUAGAAGUAUUUUGGUUCCUGUUGUGUUCGGGGACAAGUGGUCUGAUCUGCUCUUUUCAAGCCCUCACAUCCUUUACAGUGGUGUCUAACACUUCACAAGCAUUGCAAUCAGAUCUUUUACAAGAGCACUUCCCAAUACGCAGGCCACACAGGAGGUGGCUGAUUUUUAAGGUGGGGGGGUCUAAGGCACUUGUUUAUUUCAUUAUCUUAUACAUCUCUUUGAAUACUCUUCCCAAAAGCAUCCUUUUUUUUUGCAAAUCCAAAGCAACAGAUUCAUCAUCUCUGAUUAAUUCCAUAGCUAGGCAAGAUGCCGAUACAGCAAUUUGCAAAAGAAUGUGAAAGGUGCACCAUGCUAAGAAAGUUUUUUUUUAUAUCCUAAAAAUAUUUUGCUGUAUGCAAGAAUGUAGAUUGUAAUGGCUGAGUGGCAAAUGUUUGUGUUGUUUGAGGAGGUGCUUGUGCACAGAGGAGGGACUGUUGUACCAACACACAAUCUUUUUACACCACUGGGCAGUGUGGCACAGCAGAUUGAGAAGGGCAUGGACAGAUGCCACCUCACUGCCAUUAUCAUGAAGUAAAAUUGAGAAAGUUGGGUCCAGAUGUCUUCUAAAUAACCGAAUACCAGGGAUGCAUUGCCCAAGCAUGGAUGUGUUGACCAUUUUUUAUUUUCCUUCCACGUAUAAUAUUAGAGCCACAAGCCCAGCUCCUUUUCAACUGGAAAAGUGUUCUAGGAAGCAAGAUUGCACUUCCCUGCUCUGAAUACGUUUCCCUAACUCUCCACUUGUUUGCUGACACCAAAUAUAUCGAAACGAAGAAGUCAUAAACCUCUCCAGUUUCAGGGAAAAUCUAUUUCAAAUUGCCUGACAAAAAAUGUGUUCGGCUCCAGUAGAUACUUGAAGACUAUAACUGAGCAUCCUUGAGGGUUGGAGUUUGAGAGCCUUGGGCUACAGUCUGGCCUUCAGCCAAUCGCUGACCAGAACCUGGGCUGUAACUGGUCACUUGAAGGCAGUGGGGCAUGCUGGGGCGGUUGCCUGGCUUUCUGGUUACCAGUUCUCUCAGCAGGUACGCCAUGAUGCUGACAACUUCCACCUAGUGUCCAUUACUCUUGUACUGGGCAAGCAAAAUGUGGAUAUUUGAGUUCUGCUCUUAAACUGCAGCUAUAAGGACAAACUGUUAUGUGCUGAAACUGCUUUUCAACACUACAACUAAAUUAAAGGAGUGAGAGGGGUUUUGCUUUUACGGUAUUGCGUGAGAUAGCACAAUCUCUUGUUCCUGUUGUUAAGCUGAGCAUUUUCGUUAUUGCGAAACAUCACAGCCCUGAAGCAAUGUGUCAGUUUUUGAAAGACGGAAGAAAGGGGUAGAGGGCUCCCGGGAUUUUUUUUGUUAAUAGAAAGUUCCAUCAAAAAUAAAAAGUACAUGCAAAAAUAUUAACUGUUGCAAAAACUAGAGAACAAUAUACUCCUGUAGAAUGGUUUAAAGGUAUAUUAACGCAAUAGCAUAUUACUCUAUACUAAGGAAUGCAUCUGCGCACAUGCACAGAAAAAAGUUUUUAAUAUAUAUAUAAAUAUAUAAAAUAUAUUUAAUUAGAAUGCCUAUGCACUAUUACUUGCUAUCCAGGACUAGAGUUAUGUUAUGGCUGUACCUAGCAACUUAGCUAUUAAGAGUCUAGGGUCAUGAGGAAUGCCUGAAACCUAUGGAAUAGAGGCUUUGUAGGUAUUUUAACUUGUUUUAAUUUCUUUUUUUAUUGUUAUGGAAAAAAAAAUGAGCCUUUUAAUCAGAUUCAAUCUGAAAUGAAGAUAUGUAUAGAUACUUUUCCCUGUACACCAGCUAAAAUCAUUUACAAAAAUGAAUAAAGAAAGAAACUAAC